AGUCUAACACUUAAGCUCACCAUAGCAAGGCGCGUACUUUUAUCCGAACCGAUCUCGUACAAUUUCGGCGUGAUUUCCAAUAUAUUCCGAUACCUGGUAUAGAAAAUAUAUUCAAUAUACAUUUCAAGCUGUUACUUUGAAAAAUAUAAAUUAAUUGCAACAUUAUUGUUUGGUGACUAAGUGUGUUUCUAAUGAUUACUUAGGAUUAAUCUAUUUCAUAGUUACAAUGUGUGGAAAUUCGGUUUUUACUCUUUUUUUGAUAAUAAAAAAUGUGUAUGUUCAUAGUUUUUUAGAAAAAUGUGCAUAUUAAUCGACUGGAAAUGCAGUGGUUAUACUUUCUUGGAGUUAUUGCAGCAGUAAAUGCCGGUAGAGAAGUGUACGAACGAUUAGGAUACUUUUGGCAUAUUACUGACAUUCACUACGAUGGGCACGUAUACUCACAUGGAGACGCCAGAAAAGGAUGCUGGCGAUCAGACUAUGAAGGUGGCAAAGGUAAAGGAGCGCGAAGACAAAUGGGACGUUUUGGUGACUAUAGCUGCGAUUCUACGUGGGAGCUUAUUGAAUCCGCUGCUCAGCUUAUGAUGACACGUCACUAUGAUAAUGUCGAAUUUGUCCUCUGGACAGGAGAUGGCAUUUCACACUCAGCCCGUCGUCUACCAGAUUCCAUACAGAGGAAGCUACUACAAAAUUUAACCGAUUUACUGGGAAAAACCUUCAAAUCACAAUUUGUUUUCCCAGCCCUUGGUCAUGACGACCCAUUCGGUAAGGAGGAGUUAACAAAAAUGUGGUCCAGAUGGUUGCCAACUGAUUCAUUGAAAACAUUUCAAUCAGGUGGUUACUAUAUAUUCGAAAGAAAAAUGCUCAAAUUGCAAAUAGUUGUAUUGAAUACGAAUCUUAUGAAGCGUGGGGAAAACGACGAAGACGCUUUGCAACAAUGGGUUUGGUUAGAUAGCGUGUUAGCUAAAUUCCAGAGAAACGGAGAAACGGUUUAUUUAGUGGGUCACGUUCCACCAGGAUUGAAUGAACGACAACGUGGUAGCACUGCUUCUAAACACUUCGCAUAUUUGGACUACCAUAAUAAGAGGUAUUUGGAUAUCGUCAGAAAAUAUGCUGGUAUUAUUGCUGGUCAGUUUUUCGGACAUCUGCAUUCAGAUACCUUCAAAGUUAUUUACAGCACGAAUGGUAAACCUAUAUCUUGGGCGAUGGUUGCACCAUCUGUUACACCGAAGAGAACCAUUGACGGCCCCAAUAAUCCAGGAUUACGUCUCUAUAAAUUCGACAAAGACACCGGACAGGUAUUUGACUACACACAGUUUUACUUGGAUCUGUCUGCGGCUAACACCAAUGAAAACAGGAUAGCAGAAUGGGCUGUCGAAUAUAAUUUUAGUACGUACUAUUCCAUUAACGAAAUUAAUGCUGGUAGUCUUCAUGCACUUGCCGACAAAUUUACUCAAGACAAUCCUUUUGGGAAUUCUGUCUUUAACAAAUAUUAUCGCGCGAAUUCUGUCCGUAUCAAUAAUAAUCCAUCAGGAUGUGAUGCUACUUGUGCCCAUACUCAUUUUUGCGCUAUCACCAGGGUGGACUACGACGAAUUUCACCAAUGCAUGCAGACAGCUCCUAGCGCUCUAUCUGCUUCAAGAUCAUUUACUUCGCGUCCCAUUGUUCUUCUAGUCCUAUUUGUGAGUGUUGUGAUAAACUUAUUAGUGUGAUAACUUUAUUUUUAGUGUAGCGGUUGAUAUUUUUGUAAUUAUAUGGGACAAUAAAAUAUUUUCGCGUGGUAUAUAUGCGUAUGAAUAAGUGAGGAUGGUACAGUAUUGAAAAUAAGGAGGUUCAGUCUGAAUGUUUUUCAAGCAAUUAAUUCCACUGGUUUUAUAGCUGAAAUAAACAGAGAAGAGGAAAAACCACGGAACUAGAAUUUUUAACAAGAGUUUGCGUUGAUGUAUUGGUAACACAAAAUAGACAAAAAUCCUUCUAUUAUCAUCAUUUUCACAGAAAAUGUCUUUGUAAUCAUCUAUCCCAAAAAUUCAGAUGCUACCAUUAGGGUAUCAGUAUAAUUAAUAUUGAAAUUCCUAUUAGAAAUUUGGAGCGAGAGAAAGAUUUUUUAUCCUGAAGGAAAACCUCUGUUUUUUAUUCACUUUCAAUAAUUCGAAAAUAUAUUUGAAGUGCUUCCAAGCAAUUUAGACGAAUCCAUAAAGUAUACAAAUACUUUUCCUUAAUAAGUUACAUUAGUAAAAUGAAAAUCGAAGAAAUUGGCGAAAUAUCUCGAGUUUCAAUUAAUAAAUAAAUUUCUCAAAUGCUCCCAAUAAUGCAAAAGGUAGUUUAAGAUGAAUUUCUCACUAAUAAUAAAGUCUCUCCUCACUUCGAUUUAUUUUUACCAAAAAUAGUGUUAAUGUGUGUAUUUAUGUUCUACAGGUGUUUAUAUAUUUUCGUGUAAAAUGCUUAAACCAGAAUAUUGUUUGAAAACAUUUUGGAAUUUACCUUCUGGUAAGACCUAGACGUAUUACCACAAGUGAUUCUAGGUAGAAAUGUAUUGAAAUUUUAUACAGAAUUUGUGAAUACUGUUAAGCUACACACAAAUUCAAUAUUUAUGUAAAAUAUUUUUGUAUAUACUGAAAAAGUUUACAUGAAGUAAUUCAUAUUAUUAAAGAGAGUAUACAAAUUAAGUCUCAGUGUCAACUUACUGGUUUUCGAAUUUUUCCCAAAAAAAAAUGCUUUUAAUGUAUAUAUUCAUCAUAUUAAAACUAAUGUAUUCAAUAAGUGUCUAUCAUCGCUAAAACUCAAAUCGUGUUUUUACGUUUGUGUUAAAUCCAUCAAAAUAACUAUUCAAGGAAUGAUUGAUAUAAUCGUGAUAUAAACCAAAAUACAAUUCAUUUUGAAGGCUCCACUCAAUUUUAUUAACCAACUAGGAACAAAUUGACAACAUUCAAAUUGUUUCUAAUUUUAUCGUUACAAAUAAUAUUACAGAAUCGCGUUUAUAUACAGUAUGGAAAAAAUCGAUAUUAUGAUCAGACAAAAGCACAUAUUUUUUAGUGGUAUUCAAUACAAAAUAUCAUUUAUAUGAUAAAGUCACAAACACAUGCAUCGUCCUGUAUUUGGUAAUAGUAGGGAACAAGCUAAUUCCAAAAAGGUAUUUGGGGAAUAACGGAAAAAAAUUGAGGGAAUGUACAGAUAACACUUAUUACUCUGAAAUGUCCAAGUACUAGAAUUAAAUUUGUUACGUGGACAAAAACAAAACAUCACAUAAAUAAUUGUUUACCACAUAUUAAUUCAUUACACCUCUUACAAAUAGUUUUAAUACUAGUAUGUUGCGUAAGUAUAGAAUUAGUGUUAUUGAUUUUAAUUCAAUACCCUAAUUUUAUCAAAAAAUACACGUUUAUUUUCAUAUUCUUUUAUCUCUGUUUAUACAUGCAUACGUUCUUAUAUCUCAAUCAUUAUAGGAACUUAUAAAUUUUAAGAACCAACUGACAAGCUCAAAUGUUACGAACUGGACAUGGGAUUGUUUGCUGGAUAGAUGUUCAAACAGCUUUGAAAGGUAUUUUAUUCACAAUGAUAUGUACACAGAAGAAUUUACAACAGCAUCCAAUCUUCUUAACAUUCACACCUCUGUCUAUUGUACACUGGCCUUAACUGUCUUGCUCUUAAUACUGUCUGGUUGAAGAUGACAGUUAAUCGUUUUUUUCCAAGUCUCGUGUCAGUCGUCUCCAGCCUUCCACAAACAAGUCCACAAUUCACCACAAAGAUUGUAAUGUUUUUCUUUGAUGAAAACUCUUGAACUAUCCAUCAUGAUCCAUCUCUGUCCCCUGAAACUACUUUAUUGCUCACUAUUUGUAUCACUUUUAUUGAUUAUGCUUCGCUUCUUCUUCACCAUUAACUUCCCAUUUUUUCAUUCUUCCAAAUAUUUAUCACCAUGUUGAAGUUUGAAAAUUCUAUGAUUUAGAAGAAUAGCGUCUUAGAAAAUGAAAAUCUGGAAUAUAUCGCUGUAUUUGAAGAUGAUAUUCAUAAAUUUUGAGAGAUAAUUGUUGCAAAAAAAUAUCUUAAAAAUGAUAACGGGUACAUUUAUAUUCCGUUUCAUAACUUGAAACGAUAUAAGAUCUCCCUACUAUUACACUACCGGUCAAAAGUUUUUGCUAACCCCAUAAAACAUUCAUUAAAUUACAAAAUUAUACAAUUCAACAAAUUCCACUUUCAUAUUGUCAAGCGAACAUCGAAGCAAUAUCUUACAAACCAAAAAUGAUAGUGUCCGUUAUUUAUUUACAUUAUACGAGCGCAUGUUUUUUUAUAUUUUUAUAUUUUGUCGGUGACUGCCACAAGUUAAAACUUGCAAAUACCGGCUGAUUUAUUUAUUAUUCUUUAACUGUGAAUGAUCUCCUUGGUGUUUAAAUUCGUAGUUUGGUGCCACAACAAUGUGCUGUCAUUUUCUGGAAUCUCGUGCAUUAAUGGCAAGUCUUCAUAGUCUAUGAAAAAGUAAUCGUAUCUUUGCCACCGAAUUAAAAAUACCUCGACAUAACGUGGCCUACAACAUGAAAAAAUAUGCAUCCACUGGGAUCUUUGACGAUAGAAAACGUUCAGGUCGGCCUCGAAAAUGUACAACCGCUGAAGAUAAAUGUAUUUUAUUGAUAAGUAAGCAUGAUCGACGACCCACGGGUCCAGACUUAGCAGCUCAGGUCAUUGGUAGACCUCUUGUAAGACAUUAAAGUAAAUAGAAAUUGGACGCAUGAAGAGACUAUUAUGGAAUGAUAUGUCAAAGUUGGAAGGUUUUGCCUCCAAGAUAAGAGUGUUUGUUCAACAGCUCAAAGGAAGAAAGGAUGUUAGAUCCAUGUAUAAUUCUUGUUGUAAAAACCGUGAGAGGCUCUAUGAUAGUUUGAGGAUAUUUUGGAGAAAAGUCGACUGGAGUUCUAGUGACAAUUGUAGGAAGCUUGAGAAAAGAAUGCCUCGAAAUAUUGGAAGAAAACUUCUCGAACCCGUGCAAAGAAUAUUUGGAAGAAUUGGAAAACAACAAUGUAUUGAAAGUGAUUAUUUGACCAUCACAGGCGCCCGACCUCAAUCCGAUAAAGUUGUUGGUAGACAAAUUGGAGAAGGAAGCCAGAGAACAAUGGCCUACAUCCACUUCCCAUUUUUAAAAUAUUCUGGAAAAUAAACGGAACCAUUCAUAUGACGAUUUUAUGUCGAAAUUCUUACAGAAAAUUCCAAACGUUUGCACCGGAAUUUUAAAACCAAAUGAGGUUACAUCGACGAAUAAAAAAAUUCAAUAAGUAACAGACCGUGGUUCUAUUAUUACUAUUCACUUAUCUUCAUUUGAUAUUGAUAUGAAUCUCCUAUAUUUCCCAUUGCGUAAUGAAUGAGGGGUAGAUAAUAAUUCAAUUAUACAGUGAGGAAUUGGAAAAUUCAAGUUGAGAAAGGAAUCUCACAUUCAUAUUUCCAUUCUUCUUUCCCAGCGCUAUUUCGAUGAGUAUUAGACGUAUCAACUUUUCAUCAAUACUUGGUCUUCAUAUCUUAUCAUUUUUGCUUACUCAGCAUGUUUCCAAUGCUAUGCUAAUAUUGCAGUAGUGGUGUCUGCACGUUCUUGUUGCUUCAUGAAUUGGUUGCUGAAAUAUCUCUAUAAUAUCUAAUAUCGAAUAUCUCCCAGACUGCGUAUAGUAUGUCAAAAACUCUGCCCCGGUAAGAUAGAAAGCCCUAUCUCCGAAGUACAAAA